AUCGCACUGUUUACUCGUUUUCGAUAUUAUUUCAGGCAAAAUAUUUUCCGUUGUUUUUUAGUUUAUACAAUAAAAAAGAAUACUAAAAAGGUGUUAUUUUAUUGAUUGAUUGUUAUUGGAAAUUAUUGCACAAAAUGUCGGUUAAAGCAAUAAAGCCAGAUUCCAAAAUUGUUUUAGUGAUCGGAGGAAGCGGUUUCGUGGGUAGACAUUUGGUCGAGAAGUUGUGCAGUCUCGGUUACACCGUUAGAGUUUUUGACUUGCGAACAACCUUCGAACACGAAAAAGUGACUUUCUAUAACGGAGAUUUGUGCAACAAACAGGACUUGUUGAAAUGCAUGGACAAUGUGGAUACUGUAUUUCAUUGCGCCACACCGUCACCUCUUAGUAACAACAAAAAGGUAUUCUUAAGAGUAAACGUCGACGGAACGAAAAAUGUCUUGGAUGCAUGUUUUGAAAAGGGAGUAAAGAAUCUGAUUCUAACAAGUAGUGCCAGUGUGGUGUACUCCGGUUCAAAUAUCGAACAUGGCGACGAAACGUUGCCCUAUGCCAAAAGGCCCUUAGAUUGCUAUACGCAAACUAAGAUACAACAAGAAAAGCUGGUUCUGAGUGCCAACAGUGAAAGCUUGAAAACGAUAGCGUUGAGACCGCACGGCAUAUUUGGACCCAGAGACCCACACAUGCUACCCACCACCGCAAGAUUGGCCGCUGCCGGAAAAACAAAAUUUAUAAUAGGGAAAGGGAUAAACAAAGUGGACUUCACCUACAUAGAUAAUGUCGUAUAUGCUCAUGUUCUUGCCGCUCAACAACUCCAACAAAAACCAGAAAUUGCGGGAAAUGCAUACAACAUAACGAACAACGAACCUAUUUUAUUCUGGGAAUUCAUGUCUCGACUACUCAAAGGCCUUGGAUACGCGGCGCCGAAAUAUCAUUUGCCGUAUUAUUUCAUCUAUUUUCUAGCUUUUCUAGUACAAAUUUUUGUUUUCAUAGUUAGUCCAUUUAAGACGAUAAGGCCAACAUUAACCACCAUGACGGUAGCGUUGGCGGGCACGCAUCAUUAUUAUAGCUGCGAGAAAGCAGCGUCAGAAUUCAACUACAGCCCCGUAGUCAAGCUGGAGGACGCCAUCGAGCGAACGCUGCAAUCUGUACCGGAACUGCACAACAAACACGCAAAGAAAGUUAAGUAAACGACAUAAGACUUAUGGAAUAAAAUUUUGAUCCUUGAAAUUAUCCUAAAUUAAUUUUUCGAGUUUUCGGUUCCAUUUUUUAAAUUAAUUUUUAUACAUUAGGCUUUAUUUUGCUUUUAAAAUUUCUAAACGCAUUUCUUAAAUGGUUCGGGACAGCGUUUUAUUUCAUAAAUUUUCUUUCUGGUCAACUUCGGCAUUUGAACUGACACAAGUUUUUAGAAGCAUUCUCAAUUUUUUCAACUUUUAUAAAUAAUUUUAUUACAAGCU